GGGAUGGACUGCGAUGGUAGUGCUGCCAUUCCAGAACCACAAGCUCCUUCUCCUAAGGGACAUGAUGGAGAAAGGACUACAUUUGGAACCUGUGGAUUUGGAUCCGGGGACGGAAUCGGUGCAUGGCAAAUCACGGGGACCUGUGACAUCGGUGAAGAGUGGUGACAACCCAGUGACCAGACAGCAAGGGCUGUGCAAGAUGAAGGUGUUUCUGUCACUUCUGUUGGCUGCUGUCACUUGCAUGGAUUUGGGACACUCCUUGCAGUGUUACACGUGCAAGGAUUUGACCCCAGUUGAGGAGUGCAUGAAAAUUGAGAACUGCACAGAGGCUGAGAACAUAUGCAAGACUACAAUCUAUUCCCUGGAGGAUGUUUAUCCCCACACGGGAGUCUCGACUGUCACCAAGAUGUGCUCCUCUGUCUGUGAACCCUCUGACGUGGAUGGCAUCGGGAUGACACGUCCUGUCACCUGCUGUUACUCUGACCUGUGCAACAUUGAUGGUGCAGCAAGUUUGGGGAUCAGCGUUGUGCCAGUUGGGAUCCUGGCGAGUUCCCUCUGUGCCUUUUUCUGGACUAGACUGUAAGGGGGUGAUGGGAGUCGAUUAUUCCGAAAAUUCCGUGAAGAAAAUGACCCCCCACCAGCCCAGCUUUCCAUGUGGAUGCCUCAUGAACAACACUCAACAGCUCCCAUAAUUAUUGUUUUUUUAAUUUUUAAUUUUUAAUAUCCGCACUUUUCCCACAACUAAGAGAGAAGCAGGACACAGGAAGGCCCAACUCAAUUUUUUAAAAUUGAUUUUCCAAUAACUCCCACAAAAUUAACUAUGGAGUUUCUUUGCUGUGCUGGUGUGGUUGAGUUUGAAGUAAAAAAUUAAAAUGUGUGAAGUAUAUUUAAGGCAAAAAACCUUGAGAAGAGCCUUCCCUAUCUCCUUAGAGCAGGUCCUCUCUUCCCCAUCAUUUUCUGCUCUCCUUCCUUCUUUGUACCCAAAAAAUUAGGGAGACAUUUCUGUGUCCAAAAUCUGAGACAGGAGACUGAAUUUCCCUUGCCAAUGAUCUGUUCCAGGGAGGUUAAAAUCUGAUGUUCUCCGUACCCUUUUAAGCAGAAUAAAAAGAAUCUUGUGUUAAAAUGGUUGUAAUCACAUUUAAUUUUCCUUUUUUUAUUUCCAAGCUCCAUCUUUCAGGGAGUUCACACGGUUGGGUUUUGGGGUCAGUCACACAGCAGAUGGAUGAGACAUUUCCCAUUAUCCCUCACUGGAAGUGACUUUCCAUCAACAUUUCUUCCAUCAGCUCUCCUUGGACAAAUCAGUCUUUACUGGGAAUAAAAAUCCAUCUUUACUGUACCAAUCUGUCUUUAUUGAAUUUUCCCUGAAUUCCCUGAAUUCCUUGUGUGUUGCUCCAGGCUCCUACAUUUUGAUCUCUCCUGCUCUGGUUCUGCAUUUUCCUCUAAUCCCCUUUCCAAGGUCCGGCAAAAAUAUCCUUCUCCAGUUAUCACCCUGCUCCUGACAUUUGGGAAAAUCAAUCUAAAUGGGAUGUUAACUCUUCCAUGUGGUAGAUGUGGUUUUCAAGAGAGAUGGCAAAAUUCCCAUCCUUGGGAAGAUUUCAUGGCCUAGAUGGAUGAAGUCCUGAGAAUCCUGGGUUGAGCU